AUGGAGAAUAAUCAGUUGCGGCUCAAAAUUUCAGGUCAUGAUGAAAGCUCCAACUCAAAAAAUCAAGGUAAUUUUAUUGAACUAAUAAAACUUCUACAUUAUGAGCUUGAUGUGCUGAUGCAUCUAGAUUUUCAAGAUAUGUCUACAUUAUCUGAGUUAUGUAGAGGACUAGUGAUUUCAGAAAAGUCAAAAAUUUAUUAUUUGAUUGACAGGUUAAUUCGUCUAGUAUUAACUCUUCUUGUUUCUACUCCUACUACUAAGCGAGCAUUUUCUGCCAUAAAACUUAUAAAAACUAGAUUGCGUACUCGAAUAAAAGAUGAGUUUCUUGCAUAUCAUUUGCUAGUUUACAUUGAGAAAGAAAUUGUUAAGAAUUUCACUUCAGAAAUGAUAGUAGAUGAAUUUUAUUCCAUGAAAGAUUGUCGUCGAGCUUAA